CCUAUUCCAGUCACACACCCCCAAUCAUCUAUAACUAUCUUCCAAUUCUAAUCCUUGUCUCAGAAAUUUUUAUCUCUCCCAGCCCUGCAUCAAGUGUCUUACUCUAUACCUAACCUCUGUGUGUGGUUCCAUGGAUUGCAACUUGGCUAUAACUGACUUAACAGCCAAUAUCUACAUAUAAGCAAAUACAAAUAAUAUUUGUCCUCCUGGGCUUGGGUUAACUUACUCACGAUGAUUUUUAUUUCUAGCCCUGGUUUUACAUACUAUAACUUACUCACGAUGAUUUUUAUUUCUAGCCCUGGUUUUAUUUCUAGCCCUGGUUAUACAUACAUUCUCUUCCCAUUGAGGCAUUUCUUUAUGCAGUGUCUUCAUUUGUUGCAGAUCCUCCCUGGGUAUGUGUGAUGAUUGGCUCAGUCUUUCCUCUGCUUUGCAUCCUUACAGUGAAAUCAGACUCUGAAGUGGGAACACUGCAAACAUUGCAUCUAAGCUUUCACUACUGUCUCUGGAAGCAAACUUUGGAGUCAGGACUUGCUGUGCUAGAAUACUUUCACCCUUACUCUUCCUGCUCGGGAGCAAGAAUCGAGAGCUCACAGGUCUGCUUCAGAGCUCUCUGUGGAUGGUGAGCAGAAGAAGACAUUUCUCUCCGUAUCUUCAGACUCUAGAACAAGAAGAGUAAUAUCUAAACCACAUCCAGGCAUAAUGGCUCAAGUCUGUUAUUAGACGAGAUGUUUAGCCUCCUGGCAUAAUAUUGAUAAGAGUAAAAGCGAUAUAGAAUCCAAAGCAGGAUUUCCUUCACAAAAAGAACUGUAAGGGCUGUUAUGCUUCUCUUUCUAGGAAGGAUUUAAAAUAUGCCCAUUUUUUUAAUCUGAAGAGAUGGAGAUAGGAAAGUUGACUAGGGCCCCAGAGAUCUGUGAUGGGAAAAAGAAAAGAAAGGAAAAGGAGGAGGGGAGAGAAAUUUGCAGAGGUAAGUGAUUUCUGUCGUACAAGUCAAGAGAGAACGAAAAAGUUUGAUCCUGGUAGAAGCCAUCUGACAGCAUAGUUCAACGACAGCCCACGGGGAUGCCAAGAUAACAUCUCCUGAAAGAUGUCUCUAAACUACAUCAAGAACUUCUAUGAAGGAUGUGUUAAACCUCCCACCGUGAUCGGCCAGUUCCACACUCUCUUCUUCGGCUCAGUGCGGAUGUUCUUCCUUGGAGUGUUGGGCUUUGCUGUCUAUGGGAACGAGGCUCUGCACUUCAGCUGUGACCCAGACAAAAGAGAGAUAAAUCUGUUCUGUUACAAUCAGUUCAGGCCAAUAACCCCUCAGGUGUUCUGGGCAUUACAGCUCGUGAUUGUCCUGCUCCCUGGAGCUAUUUUCCACCUUUACGCGGCAUGUAAAAGCAUCAAUCAAGAGUGCAUUCUCCAGAAGCCCACGUACACCGUGAUUUACAUCCUCUCGGCCUUGCUAAGAAUCAGCCUGGAGGUGUCAGCCUUUUGGCUUCAGAUUCACCUCUUUGGCUUCCAAGUGAAGCCUGUAUACUUGUGCGAUGCUGAAUCUCUCGGUCAAAAAAUAAAUACUCUAAAAUGCAUGGUUCCAGAACACUUCGAAAAGACUAUCUUCCUCAUCGCAAUGUACACGUUUACUGUGAUUACCAUGGUGUUAUGUGUUGCUGAGAUUUUUGAGAUCAUAUUUAGAAGGUCAUGUUUCCUCUUUAAACGGUGACAGGGUUGACUGCUUAUUAUCAUGCCAUGGUUCCCAUGAGUCGUUUAUAUUUGGUUUUCUGAUCGGGUACUUCAACCCCAUAUGUUCUUUAAACCUCAGUGUGUCUGUCAUUUGUGUAUACUAGAGAACGGGAUGUCAAGUUCUGAACUAGGUGUUUUAGAGCAAACAUUUCCUCCUAUUGGAAUUUUAUAAUUUAUUAUAUAAUAAUGGACAUGUAAGCCUAAUGAUAGCUCAUUUUUAAAUGCUAAAUUUAUAGGCUUCUCUCAUAUACAACACAUUUAAGUGAUCACAUUAUUUGUGGCCUAAAAGACUUCUUGUGUCAGUUAAAGACUGGAAAAUUGAUGUUCAGAGAUGUUGUUUAUGUGCCCUAAGUCACAAAACCAAACCAGAGUCCAGGUCUUUCCUUAUACACCGACUCAUGCACCUUUAACUUGGACAUAAUUAUUUUUGCAUUUCCGUAAAACGUACCUUUAAACACAAAAUAUGAAGGAAUUGAGAGUCAUAGAGUUUAAUCACUAACUCAAAGAAGAUGAGCAAUUGAUUUUUUUUAAGUAUUAAACCCAUAUUGUUUUGCUGAAAUCAAUAUUAAAUGAUUAUGGGGAUAGUUACCAAAUAAAUUAGACUUGUUACAAAUAA